UAUAAAAAAUAUUAUAAUGAUUAUGGUGAUAUUUUAAAAGAUGUACUUGGUGUAUUUCGUGAUUUUGAUAGAAUUGAUUUUGCAAAACACAUGCAAAUAAGUUUAAUAUCAUUGUACAAAGAAUUAGAAAUUGAUGAUAAUUUUGAUAAAAGAUAUAAUGAAAUGAAAAAAAUUAAAGAACUUGCAUCAAGACUUUUGUUGUUAAUUGGUUUGGAUGUUAAAAAAAAUAGAGAACCAAUGAUGACAGUACAUAAAGAUGGUAUUAAUUUUGCUCUUGAAGGAAUGAAUGAUCAACAAGUUGAUGGAUCAAAUGAGCCACCACCAAAUAUUAGCUACUUGGAGAUUCUUGCUGUGUUUACUAAUAAACUAAUGAAACGAGAUAAAGAUAACAUACUCAAAUUUUUGGAAGAAAAAUUGCCAGAAAGUAAAUCUUCUGAUGAUGGCUGGGAAUCAGUGAUGAUGUACAGAAAUGGUCUACGUUCAAGAAAGUCUCUUUCACAAAAUAAUCAUCAGCCAAAUUCACAAAUUGAAGAACAGGAGCAAUGCGAACCAGAGCAAGAACAAGCUAUAGAAUAACUUGUUUUUUAUUGUCUGAAAUUUACUCGUAUUUCUUUUUUAUUUCAUUAUUUUUUUCAUUACAAG